UUUGUUUUUAACUUUUAAAGGGAAAGAAUACAAUUUAUUUCAAAAUAAAUUGGGCCUUAAUCUGAGUAGCUCGGUCCAAUAAGAAAAGGCCUUGAUUAGAGCAGGUCUGGUCUAAUCAGAAAAAGGUAAACUCGGUAACGAAAUCAGAAUUCGUCGGAGAAGAAGAAGAAGAAAGAUGACGUUGAAGAAGGUGGACGCGAAUCCAUCAACCUUGGAAUCGAGUUUACAAGAACUGAAAUCAGACGAAACAAGCCGUAGCAAGAUCAAUUUCAUACUCUUCCUCGCCGACAAUGAUCCCACCACCGGUCAAAGCUGGUGUCCAGACUGUGUUAGAGCUGAACCUGUGAUUUACAAGACUCUAGAGGAAUUUCCAGAGGAGGUGAAGCUAAUUCGUGCUUACGCCGGAGACAGACCGACGUGGCGGACUCCGGCGCAUCCUUGGAGAGUUGAUUCUCGGUUUAAACUAACCGGAGUACCAACUCUUGUUCGUUGGGAUGGUGACUCUGUUAAAGGACGUCUUGAAGAUCAUCAAGCUCACCUUCCUCACUUGAUUCUUCCCCUUCUUGCACCAUCCACUUGAUUUGAUCGAUAUCGAUUUCUCGGGACUAUCGUGGGAUUGAGGAUCAAAUAUCUUAUAUAUAUUUCUAGUUGUGAAUUGUUUUCCAAUAAAUCCUUUACAAUGGUAAAGGAAAGUUUGUUUCUUCGAUGAUCUUUACGAUUUCGUGCUCAAUGUAGUGUUAUUUCUCUAAUAAAUUACGGUGAUAUUAGCUGAAUUCUAGACUCUGGACUCGAGAUUUCGACUUAUAUUUGGUUUUGAAGUUAUAGUUGUGAUAAAACUACGAGAUUUGAUUGAAACCUAAGAGCCUUGAGUUGAAAGAAUUGUGUUUCUCAUGUGGCAAAUUGUGGAAGAUGGUGGCUUUUAUGUACGGUGUAACUAUGGGCUUGAUCAGUAAACAGAAGAGAGUAGAUGUACAUUACUUCUUACUGAACAAUACUCAGAUAUUGUUCUGUCUCUAACAGGACUGUCUUUCACUAGAUAACUCUCGCAUUGCGUCCUUUGAUGACUCGUGGUUCACCACAAGAAUGCAAUUGCCUCAUGCAGAGCUUUGGUGUUUCUGCUGAUGUGUUAACCUACAAUUUCAUUAUAUUUUAUACCAGUUCACAAUUA